AUGCAGAAGAAGCAAGCUGAUACAGGCAGUUAGUAAAUAAAUGCUGUCUGUAUUUUAGCCAGAUGUAGAGAAACUGAAAGUGUGUGUGUGUGUGUGUGUGUGUGUGUGUGUGUGUGUGUGUGUGUGUGUGUGUGUGUGUGUGUGUGUGUGUGUGUGUGUGUGUGUGUGUGUGUGUGUAGGUCUUGCCUGGCUGGCCCAUGGUGAGACGGGGACCUAGAGGAACUGAACAGACUCAACAUGGCCUGUGUGGAGGAGCCCCCUGAGAAGUAAGUCUGUGUGUAACCGUGUGUGUGUCUGUGUAACCGUGUGUGCAUGUUUGUAUUCACCUGUGUCUCCCUCUGUGUGUGUCCAGGCACUGCUGGGUGUGUUUUGCAACAGAGAGAGAGGACCGUGUGGCAGAGUGGGUGAGCCCCUGCAGGUGUAAGGGCUGUACCAAGUGGAUCCACCAGGCCUGUCUGCAGCGCUGGCUCGAUGAGAAGCAGAAAGGAAACAGUGGAGGAGCCGUCAGCUGCCCUCAGUGUGGCACAGAGUACCACAUUGUCUUUCCCAAAAUGGGUAACUAACACACACUGCAUCAUCUUACCCAAGGUGGGAUAUAGAACAAACACACUCACCAACUAGCACACAAAUACACUCUACACACCACAAUGAAAGCUCUAUUCUGUAGCUUUCAUGUCCAGGUGUGUCAGUUAGUUAAUGACUGUCUGUAUAUGUUUGUCGUCUUCCCCGUCCCCCUCCCCUCCCCCCUCCAGGGCCAUUGGUGUACUUCCUCCAGCAGGUGGACAGUGCUCUGUCACGGGCCAGUCCAUUCACUGCUGCCGGGGUGGUGGUGGGGACAGUCUAUUGGUCAGCUGUCACCUAUGGAGCUGUGACUGUCAUGCAGGUACAUGCCCCUUGACUCCUGACCCCUGAACCUUAACCCUGUCAUACCCAUUAUACCCUUACCCUUGUACCCUUACCCCUAACCUUUGACCCAUAACUAACACUAACUACUCACUAGUUCAGUAACUAGUUCAGUGAAUCCAUUGCAUACAACAAUGCAACUCAAAACACAAGAUUCCCAGUUCACCUCUUUCCAUCCCUCCCUCUCCCUCUUUCUCCAGGUGGUGGGCCAUAAGAAGGGCUUGGAUGUGAUGGAGAGAGCAGAUCCUCUGUUCCUCCUGAUGGGUCUACCUACCAUCCCUGUGAUGCUUGUCCUGGGCAAGAUGAUCCGCUGGGAGGACUACAUACUGAGGCUGUGGCAGAGACACUCCUCUAAACUACAGCUGCUAUUGCCAGGUACACACACACUGGUGUAUGGCUGUCUGUCUGGUGUAUGGCUGUCUGUCUGGUGUAUGGCUGUCUGUCUGGUGUAUGGCUGUCUGUCUGGUGUAUGGUUAACUCUAGAGAGAAGAUGUUUAGGUUUAGUAAAUGUUACAGCAUAUAGUACAUUCUGCAAAUAAAUGCAUAUUAUUAAAAAAAAGUUUUAAAAAUCUCACCCCCUCCCUCCCAGGUAUAGGUCGUCCAUUGCCCCGUGUGCCAGCUGAUGCGGGUAAUGGAGGGGACCACCUGUCAGUGUCUCGUACUCUGUGUGGAGCUCUCAUCUUCCCCUCUGUAGCCAGCCUGGUGGGACGACUGAUCUUCAGUAGGGUACCCUCAUCUCUGCAACGCACCGUUCUGGUGAGGGAAUAGUGUUUGUGUAUUUGUACAGUAUGUCUCAAGGCUGGGGUGGCAUGUGUUUUAUGCUUGUCUCUUUCUCUCUCUGUGUUGUAGGGUGGUAUAGCAUUUGUGGUGAUGAAGGGAGUGUUGAAGGUGUAUUUCAAACAGCAGCAGUACCUUAUUCAGGCCAACUGCCACAUCCUCAACUACCCCGAGAGAGGGAGGGACGGAGAGAGGGAGGGACAGGGCGAGGGAGGAGAGGACGACACGGAGGACAGCGGAAACUAG